AUGUAUAAGUUUAGCUUAUCCACACCGGGCACGAUGCUUUUAUGCGAAGAACAUAACAACAGUUGUGUAGCAGCCGCCUUAGAUAUGCGUACUGUAGUUACAUUCUCAUCGUUUCUUCCAGCAGAUGGCAGAAAUUUCAUCGAAAUAAAUUUCUCCAGUAUCCAGUUACAUGUGAAAAUACCUUUAAACCAAUAUUAUAAAAGCUUCUCUAAGGAAAAUGACGUGAAAAUACCUUUAAAGCAAUACAUCAAAAGCUUGUCUAAAAAUCGCGGUUUCGUAUUUCUUCCUGCUAUAUUGCAUGAAAAAGUAAAAAAUUUUAUCACUUCCAUGACGGACUAUGACGGCAUAUACGAACCCAACAAUCAAGCUCAUAAAUUAAGCUUAGAAGCUUUCUUUUUUCUUCUCGCUAGUAUUAGCAUCCAAAAAGAGAUCAUUAUAAAAUCAUCUUUCAUUGUGGAACUUUCAUCGAAAUUACCGAUUGGUGAGGGUCUGGGCAGUUCAUCUUCGUUUGUAGUAUGUUUAACGGCAUGUUUUUUGCGUUGGUAUCUCCUGGAGAAACGAAAGUUCCGCGACACAUUUAAGUCUAAAGAUCUCCAACAUAUCAUGAAAUAUGCUAACGAUUGUGAAAAAUUUGUAUAUAAUUCUUCAAAUAUAAUUGACAUCGUAAUAUCUACGUAUGGCAUGAUAAAAGUAUUCGAAGAAAAAUCGCAGAUAUACAAUUUUUUUGACAUAUCAAGCAUGAAGAUUCUACUGGUUUCUUCGAAUGUCAGCCACAAAACAAUGGAAAUGAAAGUGAAAGAGCAUUUACCUUGUUUCAUUGAUUUUGUUUUAAAUAGUAUGGAGACUAUAUCGAAAACAUUUAUUCGAACGCUUCGGAGGAUUGACGAAAAAACGUAUUCCUUAAAACAGAUGGGGAUCGUUGAAAUUAAUUCAAUUCAUCUGAUAAACUAUUAUAAAAAAUUAAUGGAUCUCAUUCACAUAAAUCAGGGAUUACUAAGAGCAUUAGGCACAUCACAUCCAAACCUAGAUAUUAUUUGCACAAUUGCGCGGGAUUUUUCACUUGGAGGAAAAAUUGCCACCAGAAGCGGAGGUAAAUACGCAUUCAUUUUGUUGCUACCAAAUAGCUCAGAUGAAUUAAUCCAAGAUCUGAUUAAGAUUUUUGAGUCACAUAAUUUCCCUGCCAAGAUAGUCAGUGUGAAUUGUAGCGGAGUAAGAUUUGAAUAA